GACUUUCGAGCGGGGCUUGGCAUAUGUGAAGUGGAACUUACUGCUGCCAACAUUAAAGAAGUGGACCGCAGAGGCUUCGAAAUAAACACGCCUUUCAAAAACUUCUGCUUCGUGGUGGACUCUGAACGGGAGAAGGAGGAGUGGGUUGAGGCGAUCAAAGAAUCGAUUGCGGAGACGCUCUACGACUACGAAGUGGCGGAGAAGAUCUGGUUCAACGAGGCCAACAGGAGUUGUGCCGACUGUGGCGCGCUGGAGCCAGAGUGGGCGUCGGUCAAUCUCGGUGUGGUCAUCUGCAAGAAGUGUGCAGGGCAGCACCGCUCUCUUGGACCGAGCAUAUCGAAGAUACGGAGCUUGAAGCUGGACAGCAGCAUCUGGAGCAAUGAACUUGUAGAGCUCUUCCUCGAGGUGGGGAACAAGAAUGCUAACAGUUUCUGGGCCGCUAACCUCGCUUUAGAGGAAGAACUCCACAGCAUGGCCUCGGCGGAGCAGCGUGCCACGUUCAUCCGCCGGAAGUACAGAGAGAGGAAGUACAGGAAGGUUCUGGAGGAAGUCAAUUCCCUGGAGCAGCUUAAUCAGGCACUUUGUGCAGCCGUGGUGUCGUCUGACGUGCUGAAGACCAUGGAGUUGGUGUUCAGUGGGGCAGAUGUUAUGUGUGCCACCGGAGACCCGGUCUACUCCACUCCGUACCUCUUGGCUCAACGUGCAGGGCAGAAGCUGCAGAUGGAGUUCCUGCAUCAAAACAAACUAUGUGAUUUCCCAAGACUGGAUCAGUGGUCAGAGAGCGCCUCUCUGUCUGACGUGUCCCUCUUCAUGGACGGCUUUCUCUACGUCUCCUUCGGCCCCGCUAAGAUGAUGCUGGAUGGACGUAGACGAGACGACAUGGCACGGCGCUGGUGUACGUUGGAGGGCGGCUUCCUGAGUUAUUACGAGAACGAGCGAAGCCCGUCGGCCAUCGGAAGGGUAGAUGUCACUGAAGUGGUCAGCCUGGCUGGCUGUGUUUACCGCUGAGCUGUACCUGCGAACAGAGCGAGCCCUGACUGUCGGAGCCGAGACGCAGGAUACGCAGCAUGACUGGAUCCAGGCGCUGACAAAGUGCUUCGUUCCGACUAACGUCGAGGGACUGGUGAGGAAAGACAGCGAACUGAUUGGCAGACUCCAGUACAAAGAAGGCCAUGACCUGUAUCACUGGAGGACGGGCUGGUUCAUGCUGGAAGGCUCCGCCCUGCACUUCACCUCCGGGGACGAAGAGGGAGCGGAGGAAGCGCUCAACCUCAAACAACUGCAAGAGCUUACUGUCUCCACACAUACUGAGGGCGAGAACAAGAUCCAAGUCCUUCUCAUGGUGGAAAGUGGAAGCAGAACCCUUUACAUCCACGGCUUCAACAGGAUGGACUUUUCCGUGUGGCACGAGGCGAUCACGCUGGCUGCUGGCACAGACGGCAGGGCGCUCGGUGACCAGCAGCUGACCAAAAACGGCGUCCCUAUCAUAGUCGACAGCUGCAUUGCUUUUGUCACUCAGUAUGGUUUGUGCCAGGAGGGGGUCUACCAGACUCCUGGGGACCCUGUCCGAGUGUCCCUCCUCCUGGAGGAGUUCACCCGGGAUGCUCGCAACGUGAAGCUGAGGAACAAGGAGCAUCAGCUGGAAGAUGUGACGGACACCCUGAAGAGCUUCUUAUCCCAGGCAGAGGAUGCAUUGCUGACCAAGGAGCUCUAUCCAUACUGGGUGUCAGCUCUGGAUGAGGAGGAGGAGAAGCAGAGGGUGAAGAAGUAUUCCACUUUCAUAGAGAGUUUGCCAAGAAUCUACAGGUCAACCCUUCAUGCUUUGCUGCAACAUCUGUACAGGAUUCAGCAGUGUUCCCACCUCAACGGAAUGCCGAGUGAAAAACUGGCCGCCGUCUUCUCCUGCUGCCUGUUCCAGACUCAAGGACAGACCCCGCAGGAAAUAAGUGUCAUUCGUGACCUCAUCAGCAACUACGUCACGCUUUUUAGUGUCAAUGAAGACCAGGUGCAACAGAUGGAGACAGAGAAUAGCUUCAUCACACGCUGGAAUGAAAAGAAGGACGCAGCAUUCUGUCCAGCAGGGGAUUUGAUCUUCGAGGUGUACCUGGAAAAGCGAGAGCCGGAGCAAUGCUGUUUAAUAAAGCUCUCUCCAAGUAUGCGGUCUUCAGAGCUUGCAGAAACUGCGCUGGGUAUGAAAAAUGUCACUUUUAAGGCAGACGACUUGUGGACCACCUUUGAAGUCAUCGAAAACGGAGAACUAGAGCGACCGCUGCACCACAGUGAAAAGAUUCUUGAGCAGGUGUUGGAGUGGAGCACCUUGGACUGCCCAAGCUCUGCUUUUCUUGUUAUAAAGAAAUUCGCCGGAGCCAAAAGAAUGUCUGGAGGGAAAGACCCGAGUCAGUUUAUAAAAAGCGACUACAUGAAGUUCAGUGAUGGAUGCUCCAAGCUGCUCUCUGGUCACAAAUUCCAGGACAAGUAUGUUGUGCUUCGUUCAGAGAAGCUGCUUCUUUACAGGGAUAUCAAAAACACUAAAGCGGAGAAAGAGAUUCAGUUGAAGAUGGUAAAAUGUUACCUGGGCCUGAAGAAAAAGCUGAAACCUCCGACCAACUGGGGCUUUACGGUUUACACGGAUAAACAUCAGUGGCACUUCUGCUGUAACAGGAGGGAGACGCAGAUCAGCUGGGUGGCAGACAUCAUCGAUCUGAAGCAUGAAUCUGAGCUCCAGCUGAAGACCAGCACCUCCAAAGAGACUGGAGUUUUCAAAGUCUCCAAAGGAGGCGUUGUGACAGAUAGCAGCAAGGUUCCAUCAUACAACCACAGUUUCAUGACAGAGCUGACUGAGAGGAGGGUUUCGUUAGGAGACGCCGACUGGAGGACACCUAAAGUUCCUGGUCCUCACCUCAAAACCAACACCGUACCUAAAUAUCUAAAGCCUGGCAACUUAUCUGAGACCCCAGAAGCUCCUCACCGUAGAACAUCCAUGGACAUUUGCCUACCUCAACGACUGCCGACACCAUCCCUGCCAAGACACAUGAAGCCCAUGCCACUGCCUGUUUUGGCCACAACUGGCAAUAAGAUGCCCAGCAAAAAAGCAGUUCCGGUUAGUGGCGGAGUUAUGCCCCCCACCUUAAUCAAUGAACUAAACUUGGUCCUUGCAAAGACUGGACGCAAGAGCACUGAAUGACAAAAACAAGCCUUCUCAUUUGGUCCGAAAGAAGAGAAGAAAAAAUCAGAAUUGACAGACGAAACAACUUAGAUGCAAAGAUUCAUGCUGUUAUUUUCCGGGCACUGCUUGGGAACUCUGAUAUUAAAUGAGACGCUGAUGUACAAGAGGUGGAGAUAACAGGUGCGGAAAGCAGUGGGCAUGGCAGAGCUCAGCUGGCGCUGACCCAAGCACUACAUAGUGUGAUUUGCCGAUCUUUGAAAUUGAGAAAAAUCUAGAAAAUCAUGUCAGGCUACGGAUCAAAAGUAUACAUAAAUGUUUCAAACUUUACUUAAUGAUUGUAAUGUUUUUUAUGUGUGUUUUAACUGUAUAGUAGUAUUGUUUCAAAGUAUUUAAGAGCAUUUUUAGUGCUGCUUUUAUUGAAGACUACUGUUGGAUAUGUUUUUUUCUCUUUUGGUGGCAAAUUCACUGCAAAAUGUUUAUCUGUAUAUAAUGAGCAGUGUUUCUUAUAAACACAUGAUACAACAUGUGGCAGAAGGGCACAGACUAAAGUGUUAAGUGUAUUUAUAUUUCAUUGGUAACUUUUAGAUUUUACCCUUUAACUACACAAGUCAAUGCGUUUUAAGCUUAUUAUUCAGUGGCAAACCACUUUAAACCUGCCUGCCCUCAAAUGUAUUUUUAAUGUACAGCAUGAAUAUAUUAAUAAACUUAGAGAAAGGCUA